UGGAAAGAAAAACAAAGCACAUCUCUCCUCUUCGAGAUACAGGGUCAUAUAAUCGGAGGUCUUUCAGACCUGCCUCAGAGAAGAUGUUAAAAUCACUGACAGUAAAAUUCAACAAAGUGAAUCCCAUGGAAGGGAGAAUGGAGAAGAAACUCUGCCCCAACCUGAGCAGUCUUUCUCAGCCAACCAUAGCACAGGGAGACAACCAAAGUGAAAAAGAACCUCUGAGGAGCAGGACACCAAUCACAUUUGAAAAGUCACACAGCAAAGAAGACAACAGCACUGGGGAAAACUCUCUCAGAGAUUUCACCCCAAAUCCUGACCCUGAAUGUCGAGCAGAACUCACCAGAACAAUGGCAGAGAUGGAGAAAACUAGGACUGGGAAAGAAAGGCCAGUCAGCUUUAAGACCAAAGUGCUUGAAACCUCAAUUAUAAAUGAAUAUACUGAUGCCCACCUACACAACCUAGUGGAAAGAAUGCGUGAAAGGACUGCUCUCUACAAGAAAACAUUGACAGAGGAAGAAAAUUUCCCAGAAGUGGAAGCCAGCUCUCAGACUGCAAUGUCUACAAAUAUAUCACCAAAACAAGAGAACAAUUCCAAGCUAAAAGAACACCAAGACACGUUUUCUUUCAAACCCCAGAGAGUCCCAGUAAAAGAGCACCUACGAAGAAUGAUACUUCCCAGAAGCAUAGACUCCUACACAGAUCGGGUCUAUCUCUUGUGGCUCCUGCUUGUCACCAUUGCGUAUAACUGGAACUGUUGGCUGCUACCAGUGCGCCUCGUCUUUCCAUGCCAAACACCAGAUAACAAGAACUACUGGAUUAUUACUGACAUCGUAUGUGAUAUCAUCUACCUUUGUGAUAUACUAUUGAUCCAGCCAAGACUCCAAUUUGUAAGAGGAGGAGAAAUUAUUGUAGAUUCAAAUGAGCUGAAGAGGAACUACCGGAGUUCUACAAAGUUUCGGAUGGAUGUGGCAUCUCUACUGCCAUUCGAAGUUCUCUACAUCUUCUUUGGAGUUAAUCCAAUAUUCAGAGCAAAUCGGAUAUUAAAGUAUACUUCAUUCUUUGAGUUUAACCAUCACCUGGAGUCUAUAAUGGACAAAGCAUAUGUCUACAGAGUCAUCCGAACAACUGGCUACUUGCUGUUUCUCCUGCACAUUAACGCCUGUGUUUAUUACUGGGCUUCAGACUAUGAAGGAAUUGGCUCAACUAAAUGGGUCUAUAAUGGUGAAGGCAACAAGUAUCUGCGAUGCUUUUAUUGGGCAGUUCGAACUUUAAUUACUAUCGGGGGCCUUCCAGAGCCACAGACUUCAUUUGAAAUUGUUUUUCAAUUCUUGAAUUUUUUCUCUGGGGUUUUUGUUUUCUCCAGCUUAAUUGGUCAGAUGCGUGAUGUGAUUGGGGCAGCAACAGCCAAUCAGAACUACUUCCAAGCCUGCAUGGACCAUAUCAUUGCCUACAUGAACAAAUACUCUAUUCCUCAGAGUGUGCAGUAUCGAGUUCGGACUUGGCUGGAAUAUACAUGGAACUCACAAAGAAUCCUAGAUGAGUCCAACUUGCUUGAGAACCUCCCGACAGCAAUGCAGUUGUCUAUUGCCCUUGACAUAAACUUCAGUAUCAUCGACAAGGUGGAGUUAUUCAAGGGCUGUGACACACAGAUGAUUUAUGACCUGCUGCUAAGAUUGAAAUCCACUAUUUAUUUACCUGGUGACUUUGUCUGCAAAAAGGGAGAAAUUGGAAAAGAAAUGUACAUCAUCAAACACGGAGAAGUCCAAGUCCUUGGAGGCCCUGAUGGUGCUCAAGUUCUGGUUACUCUGAAAGCUGGGUCAGUGUUUGGAGAAAUAAGCCUUCUGGCAAAAGGAGGAGGAAAUCGCCGGACAGCUGAUGUUGUGGCCCACGGAUUUGCCAAUCUUUUAACUCUGGACAAAAAGACUCUCCAAGAAAUUCUGCUGCAUUAUCCAACUUCUAAAAAGCUCCUCAUGAAGAAAGCCAAAAUUCUUUUAAGCCAGAAGGGAAAGACCACUCAGGCAAUCCCUGCAAGACCAGGACCUGCCUUUCUUUUCCCACCAAAAGAAGAGACACCCCGAAUGCUUAAAGUUCUCCUAGGAAACACAGGAAAGGUGGACCUUGGAAGACUCCUUAAAGGAAAGAGAAAAACAACCACUCAGAAAUAAAGGUGAAAGUUCCAAAGGAAGAAGAAGAAGAGGAAAAGAAUAUGAAGACAAAGGAACAGAGCUAGCAGAAAAAGAAGAAAAAAAACCCACUGGAUAGGUUCAAAGGCACACUAAGUUCUAUUACAGUGGAGGAAAUGUCCCAAUCAAUUAAAUAGGCAGUUUUCCCCAAAGGACAUGCCUAUCAAUUGAUCAUCAGCAACAUGGUCCUGCUACUGAGACUGGAGAAGAGAUUCUGACUAUCAAAGUCAAGAAAAGGGCUAAGCAAUAAGUGCUUGAUUAUCUUUAAAUGUAAUCUAGCUAAUUCCCAAAGAGAUUCCUGGAAAUUGUAGCUUAAAUUAAUGAGGGAAACUAACCUCACUGGGACCCUGGGAAACUGCAGGCAAAUCCUUAGCUUCAUUUCCAGGAGUUGGAUUCAUCAAUAAGACUAUUAAAAACAAUCCUCUUAUCCACUGUCAGUAGAUUUGAGCAAUUGAUAUUUCUUUUAAAUGUCUGCAGUAGAUAAUUUAUCUUCUUUCUUGAUGAAAUAUCCUUGUUCCACUUUGGUAGACUUGAUUUUUAUGCUACUGUGAUUUACUGUCCUUCCUGCUUACAUUUUUGUGGUAUAUAAUUUCUGGCAAAGCACUUUGUUCAAAUGUCCAAAGUAGACUCUUCUGUCCAAGGUAGACUCAUCUUACUUCUUAUGAAUAGUGAAAGGGUGUGAAAUUUUUAAUAAAAUAGGUCAUAAAUCAAGUGGUUUCUAUUUAAAUAAGGGUGUUGAGUCACUAAAUCUAGCACCUGACGUUGACACAGGCUGACGUCAUGGAACCUUCUGAAUGAGAACUCUGAUUUUCACUCGAAGUCAAUGUCAGUUAGCAAAAAUAGCAAGCUUAUAGACAAAAGACCAAAUCAAAAGCAAAGUUCCCUCACUAACAACUGUACCCCGGCCUCUUAGAGCCUCACCCCUGUGACGUGCAACAUCUCACAGGAAUAUUUGAAGCUUCACUCUGCUGACGGAUGAUAUCCUUUUCAACCAGACCAUUGCAAGAAAAAAGAAAAAAAAAACUUGAUUCAAAACACAUUGCAAUUUAACAAAAUAGUGGGGCUUUCACCUUUUUAUCCAGAAUAAUAAGAUAGCACACGAGGUAAGAUAUAAGUCCCCUUUAAUUAUUAUAAAAAGUCUCCCUCCCUCAUAGAGUCACAGUCCCUUUGCAUUGUAAGAAACUGUCACGUGGAUGUUAUGUUCCCAGAUUAUUUGUAUUUGCCUAUGUCCCUAGCCUUGCAGAUGCUACUUCACAUGGCAAAACCAGUUGGCAGCAUCCCACUAUGGCAAAAUCAGAUUGCAGCAACAUGCUGGAGGAAGUGGAUCAUUUUCCAAAUAAAAUUUACUGUUUUUCCUUAUACCAACUUAAAGGACAUCAGACUAGCUCUGCUGGCCCAACAGAUGCAGAGUAGAGUCAGACUGUCUCCAUUUUAAUACAGGCUAACGUGACAUUUUCCAGAACCUUCCUUAAACAUUAGCUUCCUUCAAAAGGUGCCAGAUAGGAAUUCUAGUGUUGCUUAAAGCCUUAGGAUAAAGUGAUAAGAUUAGGAAUGCAUAUUAUAUACAUCAGUUUGACAGAUCCUCACAGUUAUUGGGACUACAUGUACAGCAGUUUAUAAAACCUUCAAGUUAGUUAAGUCCACUUGAGGAAGCUCUCCUGAGACUUCACUUAGCACGGAGACAAUUACCAAAGUUACAUGCUGGGAAGAGGCCAAAACUGCUAGACUGGUAUUGAAAGUGAUCAUAUACACUAAAUCUCCUUCUAAUGAAUGCCAUUAGGAUGGAAUGUUGAAUUCCAUGUAAGAUGGCUGUUUCCAAGUCCCAGAAGAAGGCUAUCAUAAUAGCACAUUGUGAGGAGGAUUUUAACCAAUUACAUUUACUCAAAACUGUACAACAUGGAUGCAUCUGUCAUGCUUUGUGGAAAUCAGAAAUUGAUUUUUAAAGGGUAGUGUCUGAUAGAGUUGUCCUUUAAGUUUUUACAAAGGCUGGUUGAUAGUUUUCAGAAUUGGAAGGAAUAUGAACAAAAUUUAAAUAGCAGUUACUAUCAUGAACAAAAGGUCCUGGAAAGAAGCUGUGCCUAUAAAAGCUAAAUGACUGGUUAGCAAUCCAAUAAUUGUGAAGUGGUUGGCUCUGCACAUCCAGAUCGCAAUUACAAACUUUCUAGCUUACCCUCCUUGGUACUCAUUCAUUACCCACCUCUGUGUCUGACCUAAUAUCCUUGUGAGUAGUAGGUUAAAUUCCUUUGGGAUGUAUGAAAAGGUUCAUUUGCUUCCACAAGCCCCACAGCCAAGAAUGUCAUUUGGUAGGAACUUCAACAGAGAUUUUUCCACUUCUGUUAUAAUCAAUGUAUGUUACGUGUUCAGUAAUAUAUGUGAAAAGCAUGUUGAUUUACAACUUUCUUUUUUCUGUCACUAUAAAAACUUCAUAAACUUCAGCCACCUUGGAAAAUAGAAUUUGAGGUGACCCAUAUCAUGGGACCUCAUAUUUCUCCCCAGAAUAAAUCCAUCUCUUACACUUUUAA